ACGUACGGGUUUCUAGCCGUCCUGUAUCAGUGUCGAUUUGCUACAUCACGUGGAUGAGUUCGUAGAACCACGUUCUUCGUCUGACUGCCGUGAUCUCGAUCUCUUAACAUUUUCGAGCUAAAUAAUAAAGUCAUAUUUCUUACUAUUUUGUGAAGUUCAACAACCGAUCAUAUACUUUAAAUUUCGUUCCCUUCGAAUCGUUCGAUCAGCUGAAGGCCAACCGUUGACUUUGAAAGUAUCGCCUCAAUCGGCAGUAGAAGACAUGAUGGACUCGGUGUUCCGUACACGAUCUCUCGGCACUGCGGCGGAAGGUGUCCGUGACCAAUACGCGGAUGGAAGGGCGGCCAAAGUCUGGGAAGUGUUCAUCGGCGACAAGAAGCAGAGGACACAAAAUUAUCGGGACUUCCUGGUCGGUCUGCUUCAGGCAAAAGGCUGCCGUCGUAUCCUGGACGUUGCUUGCGGCACAGGUGUCGACUCGGUUAUGCUGCUCGAGGAGGGCUUCGAGGUUGUCAGCGUCGACGCUUCGGACAAGAUGCUCAAGUACGCUUUGAAGGCUAGAUGGGAUCGACGGAAGGAACCGGCCUUCGAUAAUUGGGAAAUCGAAGAGGCGAAUUGGCUAACUUUGCCGAAGGAUAUCGCUCAUUUAAAAGGAGAGGGCUUCGACGCGGUGAUUUGCUUGGGGAACAGUUUCGCCCACAUGCCGGACACGUUCGGCGAUCAGCGAGAACAGAGGCAAGCGUUGCUGAAUUUCGAACGUUGCGUGAAACCCGGCGGCUUGCUAUUAAUCGAUCACAGAAAUUACGAUUACAUAAUCGAUACCGGGAAUAUACCACCGAAAUGCAUAUACUAUAACAGCCAACACAUGACGGAUAUCAAAACUUCCGUUUUGUUCGUUUCCGGGAAGCCAGCCAUUGUCACCUUGGACUACAUGAUUACCUUGGACGAUGCCGAGGACGAAGGCCACGACUGCGUCAGCGAGUUCCGGCUUUCCUAUUACCCCCACAGAUUAAACGUCUUCAGGGAUAUGCUGGACGAGGCGUUCCACUAUAGGGCGAAACACACCAUCUAUGGCGACUUUAAGUCUCUGGAGAAGGUGAAACAUCCGGGAUUCUACAUACACGUGAUGGAGAAAACAGUCUGAUGGACACACGUUGGGAUUCAACACGAUGCCUUUUUUAAAUUUCUUCUAUAUAUUGUCUGGAACGAUUCGUUUAGGGACCGAGCUCGCUUGUUUCUGUCGCUUUGUAAAAGACGAAAUGAGAGGUUGAAAGCGAACUGUACGGUCGCAAACGGAGUCCGUGACUCCCGUUUCUAAACGAUCAUUUACCUCGUGUUCCACUCUGUAAGUUCGUUUGUCCGUUUCUCGUAGGGUUCGCUUACGAUAAGUUCCAGUGAUUCGUGCUGCCACCGGAACAAUGUCUCAAUUUUAUUCUUACGACGAAGAUCAGGAUCGAUAUAUCGUUUUUCGGUGACAACACGAAUCAUUACGAGACAUUACACCUCGUUUUUGUACGUUUAUUUAUAUGCAGCAAUGCAGAGCUAAUUUUCUCAGGAGGUCGUAAUUUUUUUUUUUUUUUUUCAAGACUAGAACUGACUUUGAAAUCUAGUUUACCGUUCCGAGAUGACCUUUUUAUCGAAUCUUUCAUCCAUUUGUGUGUGUUGCUUUGUUUUUAUAUCGUGUAAGACGUAUCUAAUUUUUUUGGUUAUUCGAUUCGUGGUUAUACCUUGUUUUUAUACGGUAAGACAUACUUUGUAAGCUCGAGGGCACUCGAGCGGUGUAAAUAAAGGAAAAAA